UCACCGCGCUCUGACGUCGGGCCGACGUGUAGCAUGGUUUCCCGGGAGACCGGGAAAGCCGUUCGCACUCGGAGUGGAGGUCUAGAACUCAUAUUUUGGGAAAUUAUGGAUCGUCACAUCCCCAUGCAUGCAUUACCUGAAGAAAUCCGAAAGAUGUCUCCUGAAGAAAAAGUUUGUAAGUACUGCGGAGUCAGCUAUCUUAUUCUUCAUGAGUUUAAGGCUAUGGAAGAAAAAAUGAAAGUGAUGGAAAAAGAGAUGAAAUUUUAUCAAGGAAGCAUAGACCGUGAAAAGAGACUUCAAGAAAAGCUACGGUCUCUUAGUCAAGAUUUUGAACAGUACAGAAUUGACAGUGAAUCCAAAACAGAAAGAAUUCAAGAUGUAAGCAUGCAGUUAAAAAGUCAACAAUAUGAAUUUCAGAGAGUACAGAAAGAAUUGAAUCAUUUGCAACAUGAAUUAAAAAUUAAGCAGAGACAAUCACAAGUAUUCAGUCAAAGAUUGGUGGAGUACAGAUAUUUCUGGAAUAAGACUCUUUCAUUACUUACUUUUACUAAAAGAGAGCUAACCAGUAUUAAAAAUGAAGUAUAUGAUAAUUUUCAAAACUGGACUUCACUGAAAGGAGAAGUUUUUCUACAAAUUAAAUCCAUAAGUGAAACAGCCUUGACAGAAAUAGAGAUACUAAAGAAAAGUUUGACAGUGUCCCAGAGAAAUAAGAUAUGCCUUGAAGAGGAAAUGAAAAAUCUGAAAUUGUUGUCAGAUGCAGCCAUGUUGAGGUCUCAGCAGAUUCAGACAUCCAAACAACAGGAAGUAAACUUGCAAACCAGAUGCUAUGACUUGCAAAAAGAAGUACUAGAUUUACAAUGUCAAGUAGAGGCACUUGGGCUAAAUCUUCAGAAGGCAGUGACCAAGAUUGACAACUAUAAAGCAAAGCUCAUGAAUAAAUCUAAUGAAGCUGAUGACUGUCAAAGAGAACUUAGAAAACUGAAGUUUGAAUCCAUUAUUUCUGAGUCACGGGAAUUAAUGCUGAUUUCACAUCAGAAAAGCAUCGAACAGCUGCAGGAAACCCUUAGACAGAAGCUGCUGAACGAUGAUAACUGGAGAGAGAAGAUUGAAGCUGAGCUGGCCAAGGAAAGAGCCCGACAUUUAGUUGAAUUUGAGGAGCAAGCUCUGCUUUUUAAGGAAGAAGCUAGGCUAGAACUUGAUAUUGAAAAAGAAAAACACCAAGAAAUAAUCCAAAAGUAUAAGAAAGAACAAGAGGAACUACAAACGAAGAUAUCUGACUUAAUCGCAAGCGCUACUAGAGAUCUAAGGCUGGAAGUGACCGCUCUUGAAGAAAAACUCCAUGAAUCUUAUAUCCGGUAUACUGAAGAUUCUGAGUCAAAGGAGAAAGAAAUCGAAAACCUUAAAAAUGUGGUUGCAGAAUUUGAAUCCCGCUUGAAGAAGGAAAUUGAUAGUAAUGAUUCUGUUUCAGAGGACUUGAGGAAGGAAAUGCAGCAGAAGUCAGAUGAGCUAGAAAGAGUAAUGCUGGCACAAACACAACUGAUACAGCAGUUUAACCAGUCCCAGGAACAGAACACUUUUCUUCAGGAAACAGUGCGAAGGGAGUGCGAAGAACGCUUUGAACUGACAGAGGCUUUGAGUCAAGCCAGAGAACAGCUUCUGGAGCUCAGGAAGCUCAGUGGAAGUUCACCUUUGUCACCGUGUUCCCUUAACCAGGGCAGCCUAACCUCCUCUGCUGCCGUGGUCAGUAAUCAGGGAGAGAGAAGCCUUACAAGACUGAACUCUGGAAAAGGAAUCAAAAUCCCCAGCCUGCACGGAGUGGCAAAACCCACUGCUUCCCCAACCUUGGCUCAGUCCCAGAGGCUCAGCAGCUCAGGUUUGCCCACUGUGCCCCAACCCCAUCCUCCCAGGGGUCGAGCAUCAUCAGUAAAUGAGACCAGACAAAGGCUGGCUGCCAUUCUGCGGAGGAGACUGAGCCAGCAGUGAUUGGUCCGGUCAGGAACAGCUCCACACAGCACACUCGGUCUUCCCCAGUGGGCCAGAGAUGCACUGUGACUGAGGGUGACAAAGGCCAAAUUAUUAUCACAGAUCAAGAAUGCACGGUUAUAGAUAUUUUUAAUAGCAUAAUUGGAAAAACUAGGAAUUGUGAAGCCACAUUUUCUAAGAGACCUUUGAAAUUGCCACAGAUAAUGAAGUUGCUGAUAUUCCAGAGGGCCAGUUUCUAUACUUCUGUAUUGCAUGUUUAGAUGUGUUCUAUGAAUAUGCCCUUUUAGAGAUCACAGGUAAAAUUUUUCACUCAUGGCAUCUUUGCUAUUUUUUUGCACCAUUACAAGCAGAUAUAUUUCCACAAAAAAUAGAUUGUAUUCGUUCUGUCUGUUUUUGUUCCUUUGUUUGUUGAGCUGAAUAGGUUAAAUAGAUGUAAUUCAUAUUCCAAAUAGAAAAUGGAAGUACUUUAGUCCUAAAUGGGAUAAUUUCCAAAAUGUUUAGUUCAAAUAUUCACAGAAUUCAUCAUCUUCAUAGAAACCUUCUCUUUUUCAUCUCACAAUCUAAUUGGUUAAUCCAAUUUCUUUUUAGGCCAGAAGUAAAGAUAGGUACCCUUCAAGAAGGCAGUCUUCCCUGUGAACCUGGGACCUUCUAAGAAAAGGGAC